ACAAUCAAUCUGGAAUCCUCUCGAAUCCAACAAAAAAUAUAAAAUUAAAAUUAUCUCACUGUCGAUAACGUGUGUUCGAAGAUGGCGCGGAACGCUAACCUGCAACUUUCUGAACGCUCGGAGAAAAUCGUGUGAACCGAUAUUGAUAAAUAAAAGGAAAAAAGAAAUGAGCUUAUUGUCAUUUCACUUGUCACGUAGAAGGCCAACCCAAUUGAACCACGAAACGCUAAUCUAUCGAAAUAAAUUCACGUUAACUAUAUAAAACAUCCGACACUCGAUCUUCGUUGAUAUUCUAUACCGAAAAGUUGCUACUUUGCAAUUCUAGAAUCAAACGUGCGUCGUACAUGUUAUUGUUCACGUUCGAUGCAGCAUUUUUAUAAUUUAAUUACUAUACGAAACAACGAACGUCGUAUACAAUUUCAGGGCGUGGUUUGACUCAUUCGUAAAUAAAGUUGGUGCAUUGGAGACUCGUGCGUAAAGUGACAGUAGCGAGAAAUUUAUCUAGUUCGUCGACGAUUCGUUUGUUGGUUAAUCAGUGAGCAUUCGAGCCGUUUCUCGAUCACUACUGCUUGAAUGUAGAAUCGUGGAUGUCCAAGAGGGCUACGGCCGGGGUCCGAAAACUCAGUGCAAAGGAAUUUCUAGAGUUCGGAGAUAAGGAAUUUAUGAGUCAGCCAUUCAGUCCUGACACAUCGACCUACGAAACAUAUUCGACGACACCUCGAGAAUAAAAACUCUUCGACUUUCGGGCUCGAAAGUGUUAGAACAACAUUUUUCAAGGGACAAUUCACUUUGUCGACUUACUAGAACGACAAACUCUGUUACACAACACUACUCACAUCUACAGAAAAAUGUCGAAUGUCAGUGAUUUGGAGCAACACAUUGCAAGCUUGCAAAUUAAUCAUAGAGAUGGUGUUAAAACUGUUAAGCCUGGAAAAAAAGUAGGACCAGCUGUACCACCAAAACCAAAAAAAUCACAACCUCAGAUACCACAAAGUUACACCAUAAAGGCUGCAUCCGUGCCAUCUUACAGUACAGUACUUAAUAAUUCUGGAACAAAUGAAAAGCCAUCAAAUUUGUAUGUAAACUCUCCCUCUCCAUAUGUAUCAUUGAACAUAGAAAAAAAUGAUUUUUCAUUGUCAUCCUCCACAAAUGGAAAAGAUACAUCUAAAAUUUAUCAGAAUAAUGAUAACUUCUACACACAUCAAGCAGAAGAAAAGUUUGAACCAAAAUAUGGAUAUGAUGAAAAAAAUUACUACUCAAAUGUUGGAAAUAUGCCUGCCCCUCAAGUCCCAGUUGAUGAACAUUCAAGAUCAGUAAGAAAUGUUGUAUACAGCAACAUAGAUCCUCCUGUAGCAUCCAUGCCAGUUAAAACUGGAGGUAAAACUGAAAAGGACAUAAUUUACAGUAACAUUGAGUGGAAUUCUAAACCAGAAAAUACAUAUUGCAAUAUUCCUUCUGCUCAUGAUGACUUACCACCACCGCCAGAACCUUCGGAGUAUGUUCCUUGUGUUCCGAGUAGCUCCUUUCCACCACCACCGGAAGAGCUGCCGCCUCCGCCAAGUCCUGUUUCGUCCAGCUAUAGCGAACUAAGACGUGCCACCUAUCAAACUGAUUUUCCUUCGGACAAUUACCCAAACGAUAUUUAUGGUCCUAGUUCACAGUCUAGUUCAACAUAUGAAUCUAUAUACGAACCCAUUAAUCCUAGACCGCCAUCCCAGUUGUCUUGCAAUUAUUCUAUGUACUCUGGUUAUGGAUCCGCUACAUCGACUCAACCGCAAGGAAAAGUAUCUCCAGUUAAGGAAGUGGACGUCUUGACCGACUUAUUAGUUCAAGGUAUGGAGGACAAUGCCGAAGAUAGCGACAUUUAUGGAAUUUGCGCACAGUGUGGCCGUAAAGUUGAAGGUGAAGGUGCCGGUUGCUCUGCGAUGGAUAAAGUGUUCCACAUUGAUUGUUUCUGUUGUUAUGUUUGUAAAGUUAAUUUGCAGGGUAAACCAUUCUAUUCUUUGGAGAGCAAACCGUACUGCGAAGAAGAUUAUCUGAAUACAUUAGAAAAGUGUUGUGUUUGCACCAGACCGAUAUUGGAUAGAAUAUUAAGGGCUACAGGCAAACCUUAUCAUCCAUCUUGCUUCACGUGCGUAGUUUGUGGUCAAAGCUUGGAUGGUAUACCGUUUACAGUGGAUGCUACAAAUCAAAUUCAUUGUAUACAGUGCUUUCACAAAAAGUUUGCGCCACGCUGUUGCGUGUGCAAGCUACCGAUCACGCCAGAACCAGGGCAAGAGGAAACAGUUCGGGUCGUCGCACUGGACCGUAGUUUCCAUAUACAAUGUUACAAGUGCGAAGACUGUGGUUUGGUCCUGUCCUCAGACUCCGAGGGUCGCGGUUGCUAUCCUUUGGAUGACCAUGUAUUAUGUAAAAGUUGCAAUGCAACUCGUGUGCAAGCACUUACAUCACAUAUGACGACAGAAUUAUGAAUCACAUAAAUACGCAAUAGCUAUAGACAUCAUCUCAAGCCAUAUAUUACAUUGUUAUACUUGUAGCUGCAGUUUUACAAAUUAUUAACUUUUUCAGAUAAGUAUAUUCUUUGAAAAUAUUGA